AUGAGUAGGAGGAGCCUCCGUAGCGGUGCGGCUGAGUCAGGGAGGUCUCCAUGCCACUCUCAAGAGUGGCCUUCAAGGUGUCGGUGGGAAAUGGAAGACGCGAGUUCAGGAUGUUCACGGCUGCUACUGUGGGAACGUUGUCAAAACGCAUACAUCCUGGACAGUUUCUCAUCCGGGAAGGAGAGGAAUGGAUGUACAUUUUGGGAAUGGGCUGACCCAGAGAUGUGUGACAGAUCGAAGCACAUAAUUCCAGGCUUAAUUCCAGGCUUACUUAGGAAAAUAAACCGCUUGGAAGAAGAAAGAAACGCUGGAAAAGGGAAGAUGAAAAACCCCUGUUGGCAGGUUAAAGGUGGUUAG